UCUAGUGAAACAGAGAGGCUACUAUGGUUGUUGUUGCUGGUGCUGCUCCUGCUGCUGCUGCUUCUGUUGCUGCUGCUCAGUACCAGGGGUUGGUUGAGGGGAUCCCCUUGAUGGAGCCUUCCUUGCCCUUCUGCGGCAUCGGCGUCGGCUGGGCCUUGUUUUGUUCAGGUUUCCUUCUCGCCGCUAUUCCCUGGUAUCUCGGCGCUUUUAUACUAUUCUUUGUCGCUUUAGACUACAGAGAGAAACCCGGACUGAUCGCAUGUACAGUGGCGGCGCUUCUGGCACUUAUUCCCAUAUUUCUCAAUGCUUUUAGGUUGUAACUCGAUCUGGUGAUGUAUCGAUGAAUCCUCGUCAAUGUGGUUCACCAGGACGUUCUUUGUUAAUAUUUUAUAUUCAUUGAGUGUGUGCUAUUGUUAAUCAAUGAAUUAAGCGAACCAAGGAAUGCCCUAUUUGACUGAUUGUUGAGUUGUAUUGACACGGAAAUUGCUUUGCUUUCACUCUAGUAAACAUCUUCUCUAUUGUUUUUGCUGUUA